CUGUCAGUGCACAACUCUCAACUUUCAUUUUCCCCUCACGCACACGCGCGAGCUGUGUUGGGUACCUGGCCUGGUCCUGUUCAGCCUGAGAACACCAUGAAGCCAACCGUAGCUGCCUGUGUUCUGCUCAUCACACUACAACUGCGACUGACAGGAUCCACUACCACACCACCACAGGAUCCAGACUCGGGAGAGGUCUGUUCCCAGCUGAAACAGCUCCAGCAGCACAAAGCAUUAACAGGAAAGUUGAAGAUCCUGCUGGAAGCUCUGUUCGAAGCCUUCUGCAAUAAGAACCUGGCCAAAACGUCCACCUCUACCACCUUAACGUCAACCACCUUAACGUCAACACCAGUACCCCCAGCUCCCCAGACUACCCCUGGCAAAAACAAAAGAGAGAAUAAGGACUUCCAGAAACCCUCAAAGUCUGCCGGCGCUCCUGAGAAUGCCUCUCCUAAUGACAGCAAGCGAAAAGAGGAGCCAGAGGCAUCUCCCAAGUCAGACAGGAAGUUCCUCUGGAUAGUCCUGGGAGUUCUGGGCGUGCUCAUGCUCGUCACCGUCCUGACUCUGAAGAGCAAGGUCCUCAUCUGUACGAGAACGUACACAAACGCAGGUACGGCACCGAGGGCCUGUUUGUGCAGGGAUCUUAAAUCACUCCCAGAACAGCCUCCUUUUAUUUACAUCGGAGUGUUUUAUCCACCUCAGACUGGGGAAAGCCAGCUUAGGUUCGGAAAUGAUACUGCAUGCAUGCGUGUGUGUGUGUGUGUGUGCCUGUAUAAUUUCUUUUUAUUAUGAACAUUAAUUUGAAUGUUUCAGUUUGGACCUGUGCUGCCUUUAUAGCACAGGAAUCCAAGUCAGUUGCAUCAGCCCGUGUGUAAUCAUUAUCGAUUUCAUGUAACAGGAAAGAAUUUCCCAGUAGAGGGCGCCCUCAUGUCAUAAACAAAGCCUCUCCACAGGUAUUUCCUGUUCCCAGAUCGUUGCUCUUCUGGGAACGCUGAUACUUUGUAGGUUUAAAGCAAGGGUGUCAAACUGAAUCCCAAGGGGGUUGUAGUGUCUGCCAAUUAAGGUCUUGCAUACAUGGUGUGUGGGUAGAUUCCUUAGCCAAUCAAUGACUUAAAUUAACCACUGGUCCUGAGAACACCCCGAAAACUCUGCUGCCCUCCAGGACUGGAGUUAAACCC